UGAAAAAAACCCCACUCUUGUUUUCAGUUCACUUGAGUUCUUUUACUUCUUGUGUUUGAAAAACGGAAGACUAACGUUACGAGAGAGCGCCAUGGAAGCGAUUCUCGUUGAUUGCAUUCAAAGAAGCCUUCGCGUUUUCAUGCACUCCAACGCCAUCUUCCUCUGUCACCGUCUCUGCGCUCAGUUCCCCUCUGAGACAAAUUUGCAAUUGUUAGCUGGCUGUUACUUGCAGAGUAAUGAAGCUCAUUCUGCAUACCAUAUCUUAAAGGGAACAAAAAUGCCUCAAUCCCGGUACUUGUUUGCACUAUCAUGCUUUCGUAUGAAUCUUCUUAGAGAAGCUGAAGCAGCAUUAUGUCCUGCUAAUGAGCCAGCUGUAGAGGUCCCAAAUGGAGCAGCUGGUCAUUAUUUAUUAGGCAUCAUUUACAGGUAUACUGACAGAAGGACAAAUGCCAUACAUCAUUUUAAGCAGGCACUAUCAAUGGAUCCCCUAAUGUGGGCUGCAUAUGAGGAGUUGUGCAAAUUAGGUGCUGCUGAAGAAGCAGCCGCAGUUUUUGGUGAAGCAGCUGCUUUUUGCAUACAAAAGCAGUAUGUGAACUGCUCACCCUAUCCAAAUCCACAUCUUUCAAGUGAAGAGUGCAAUGUAGUUACGGCCAGACCAAGUGUUUCUGAAGAUGCGAGUCCAAGGCAACUAAAACACAUGCAAGGGCUUAAGGAUAUUGCUGCAAGUCAUCACGGAACAUCUAUGAUUGGAGGAACUGCUGCUCAGCCUAUUCAUAACGGUCCAUCUAACAUGUCAUUUUACAAUACCCCAUCUCCAAUGACCACACAGCUGUCUAGUGUUGCUCCACCCCCUUUAUGUAGGAAUGUGCUUCCUAAUGGCCCAAAUCUGAAUACACUUAAUGCUGAUAGCUCUUAUAAGUCAACAGUGAACCCUCCUAUUCAAGCCCCUCGAAGAAAGUUUGUGGGCGAAGGAAAGUUACGAAAGAUUUCAGGUAGAUUAUUUUCUGAUUCUGGUCCGCGGCGUAGUUCAAGACUCUCAGUUGAAGCAAGUGUAAAUGCAAAUGCUAAUACAACAGUUGUAUCUGGAAAUGGGACUAGUAACUCUAAUAAGGGAGGAUCAAAGCUUAGCCCUAUGGCAUUUCGAAGCAUGGCAGUUCGUAAGGGACAAUUAUGGGCCAAUGAAAACAUUGAUGAAGGGAUUCGUAAUGAUGUUCCCGUUGAUACUCGUUUAAAUAUUACAUCAACAACAACUUGUUCAUCUCCUUCCAUGGAAGCUAAAUCUUAUGAGCAAGAUGCUACAACUUUUAAAGUUGGUGGGCAAGUAACAACUGGGUCUAAAGUAAUGACUGGUGCUUCAGAAAUACUGAUCCUUCUAAGAGUUCUUGGUGAAGGCUAUAGACUUGCCUGCUUGUAUAGGUGCAAGGAUGCACUGGAUACAUAUCUGAAACUUCCACAGCUGCACUACAAUACUGGAUGGGUUCUUUCUCAGGUUGGAAAAGCAUACUUUGAAUUAGUUGAUUUUGUAGAAGCUGAUCAAGCUUUCAGACUUGCUCGUCAGAUUACACCUUAUAGUUUUGAAGGAAUGGAUAUAUACUCAACAGUUCUUUAUCAUUUAAAGGAAGAUAUGAAGUUAAGUUACCUGGCACAAGAACUGAUUUCAACUGAUCGCUUAGCUCCUCAAUCUUGGUGUGCGAUGGGAAAUUGCUACAGCCUGCAGAAAGAUCAUGAAACUGCACUGAAGAUUUUUCAACGAGCCAUUCAACUGAAUCCCAAAUUUGCCUAUGCACACACCCUUUGUGGACAUGAGUAUGUUGCGCUAGAAGAUUUUGAAAAUGGGAUUAAAAGCUACCAGAGUGCUCUCAGUGUUGAUGCGAGGCACUAUAAUGCCUGGUAUGGACUCGGAAUGAUAUAUCUUCGCCAAGAGAAGUUUGAGUUCUCUGCACAUCAUUUUGGUAUGGCUUUUCAAAUCAACUCACGAUCUUCUGUGAUAUUGUCAUACCUUGGAACGGCUUUUCAUUUUUUAAAGAAAAGUGAAGAAGCGUUAGCCAUAAUGGAGAGGGCUAUUUUAGCAGAUAAGAAAAACCCACUCCCCAUGUACCAAAAGGCCAACAUACUCAUGAGCCUGGGAAGAUUUGACGAGGCUUUGGAAGUCCUAGAGGAGCUUAAAGAGUACGCUCCACGCGAAAGUAGUGUCUUUGCUUUGAUGGGAAAUAUUUAUAGGAGGCGUAACAUGCAUGACAAAGCAAUGCUUCAUUAUGGUAUUGCUUUGGAUUUGAAACCAUCUGCAACAGAUGUUGCUAACAUUAAGGCUGCCAUCGAGAAAUUGAAUCUACCUGAUGAGUUUGAAGACGACUUGUAAAGUGCAAGAUAUGAGAGUUUGCUUUUGGCUAAUUGUGUAUAAAAGCAACAUAAAUGCUUGAGGAGUAUUCAUCCAUGCAGCCAUCGACCUCAUCUCAUUUUCGGAUCUCCUCAACUGACUUCAGUUUUGCAGGACAUUCACAUAGGGUUAGAUCAGAUGUAACAUAGUCGUGGCAGGGAAAAUGCGUGUAUCAUUAGUUUAUUCAUAAGCCAUUUCAUAAAACAAGCUUUUAGUCUGUAAGCUUUAGUUAAAAUUAUUAGGUUUUAAAUGCCUCAUUUCUUGUUUAUUUUCUGAUAUCAACUUUGGCUCUCCCGAGGGAUGCUGAAACUUCAUGUCUCCAAAUUCUUUUUCUUUUCUUUUCUUCUCUCCUUUUAACUUUACAAAAUAGUAAAAACUUGGGGCAUACCCAGCACCAUGCAACCAAACCAAAUGAGAUAUUUUUUCCUUGGGAA